UGUGUGUAGCUCUAGAGCCAAGCAACAUGGCAGCAUUCGCAGAUAGACACUAAGGUAAACGUGAAUGAAAUAAACGGAGCGGAACGGUCAAAUGUGCAGGUUGGGUCCCCGGAGGUCUGCUGCUGCUCUUCUGUGACGUCUCCCCCAGACCCCUCCCCUCAUUAUGGCCAGCGAGGAGGACGAUGACCCCAUCAUACAAGAGAUUGAUGUAUACCUAGCUAAAAGCCUUGCGGACAAGCUCUAUCUGUUCCAGUAUCCAGUACGCCCUUCCUCUAUGACCUAUGAUGAUGUCACUCAUCUAUCGGCCAAGAUCAAGCCCAAGCAGCAAAAGGUGGAGUUGGAGAUGGCCAUUAACACUCAGAGUCCUAACUACUGUCGAAGUAAAGGAGAGCAGAUCGCCCUCAAUGUGGACGGAACCACCUCAGAGGACUCCAACACCUACUCUGUAAAGAUGAUGGACAAGCAGACGUUCACAUCCAUCCAGUCCACAACCAACACCUCCAGAUACGCUGCUGCUGUCUUCAGGAAAGGGGAGCUCCACGUCACGCCGCUGCAGGGUAUCCUCCAGAUGCGACCCAGCUUCUCCUAUCUGGAUAAGGCUGACAGCAAACAUAGAGAGCGGGAGACCGCUAACGAAGGGGGAGACUCUUCUCAGGAUGAGGCGGAGGAGGACGUCAAGGCCGUCACUGUGAGGUUUUCCCGCCCUGAGUCGGAGCAGGCUCGUCAGCGGCGUAUCCAGUCCUAUGACUUCCUUCAGAAGAAACAGGCAGAGGAGCCCUGGGUCUACCUGCAUUACCACGGCCUCAACGACGGGCGUUCGGACCACGAGAGGCAAUACCUGUACUGCCAGGCCAUGGGAGGCUCCGAGAACACAGAACUGGUGAAAACACCAAAGGAGUACCUGGCAAUGCUCAUGCCCCCUAUUGCAGAGGAGAAGAUUGUGAGGCCUGUAGGUCCCAGUAACGUGCUGUCCAUGGCCCAGCUCCGGACCCUGCCGCUAGGUGACCAGGUCAAGACCCUGGUAAAGAACGUCAAAGUGAUGCCGUUUGCCAACCUGAUGGGUUUGUUGACCCCUGGGACAGACUCCACUGCAGUGCUGCGCUGCAUCCAGCAGGUGGCGUUACUGGUGCAGGGCAACUGGGUGGUCAAGAGUGACGUGCUGUAUCCUAAGAACAGCUGUAGUCCCCACAGUGGUGUGCCUGCUGAAGUGCUGUGUCGAGGAAGAGACUUUGUGAUGUGGAGAUUCACUCAGGAGCGCUCAGUGAUGAGGAAGGAGAUCACAGCCAUCAUCAAGCUCCCCCCAGAGGAUGUGAAGGACUUCCUGGAACACAUGGCGGUGCCUCGUAUAAACCGUGGCUGGGAGUUCCUGUUGCCAAGUGACGGUGACUUCAUCAAAAAGCACCCUGACGUGGCCCAGCGGCAGCACAUGCUGUGGAUGGGGAUACAGAGCAAAUUGGAGAAGGUCUUCAACUUCUCUAAGGAGGACCUGGUAUCCAAAAAGGACCCACAAACAGAACCUAUGUACGUGAGUGGCGAGCAGCGUCUGAAGGCUGCCCGUGAGCGUGCACAACAGAACCAGCCCGCUCUUCAGAAGGACCUGAGUGCUCGUCGACAGGAAAAGGGUGGAGCCGGAGCGAGCGGUGGAACCGGGAUCAGAGUCAAAGAGGAACCUGUCAGCGACGGUGAAGACGAACCCAUGGACACAUCCUCUUCCUCCUCUGCUCUCCCUAACGGGUGGGUAAACGGUUACCCCUCCGCCGCCGCCACUUCCCCUGCCUUGAAUCCUCAUAACGGGCACGGCGGGACUCCCACGCCCUCACCGUCCCCUGAGCUGAGGGACUUUGUGUGGAACACAUUCAGGAAGCAGCACGUGCUGACGCUGAGCGAAGUCAAGAGGCUGUUCAACCUCCACCUGGCCUCCCUGCCUCCGGGACACAGCCUGUUCCACUCCAUCUCAGACCGCCUGCUACAGGAUACUAUACUGAUGAGCCACUGCAAACAGAUACUGGUGCCUUUUCCAGCCCAGAGCACAGCAGCUGCUGAUGAGCAGAAGGUGUUUGCGGUGUGGGAGACAGGAGAGACAUUCGACAAGCAUCGUCAGGUCCUGUAUGAGAUCUUCAUGAAGAACUACCGGGUGAGGAGGAACGUGAUCCAGACCAGGCUGACGCAGGAGCUGGGAGACCAGGUUACCAAGGCCGAUGUGGACCGCCUGCUCAAGGAGUGCUGUGUGAGCUUAGGAGGGAUGUGGUACCUCAAGGGUACCCUACAGUCCUGACAACGUUGAGGAGACGCCCCUGUGGCCACCAUCAUCCAACCAAACCCACUCCCCCAGAGCCUAGUGGGAGGGCUCUGUACGGGGAGACGGGGCAGCCAGACACACAAACCAAUCACAGCCCUCCUGCCCCCAGCUCAGGACUUGGAUUGGAGGUCUGAGAUGUCCGUCAUCUGCUCCGGUCAGAACAUAACGCUUGUUGUUAAUGCAGCUGAAGAAGUCACUUCUGAGCUCGGCCCAAACGAAUGCCGGCCUGGUGGACAGAAGACCUAUCCAUAUUCACGCUAAGGGCUGGAGCAGGAGCAGAGGAGAUGUAUAUGACUGAGACAAUACUAAAAAAAUAGGAGAUGUACUAUGCCAUUAUUUUCCAAUCUGUUUCUCUAGUACCCCCCAGAACUGCUCAUUUUUGCUCUAGCCCAGAACCGGUACACUUGAUACAACUAAUGUGGGUGGCUGGUUCAGGGUCUGAGCACAAAUGUGCAGUCCUGGAGGUACUCGAAGAAUGGAUCGGGGAACACUGUACUAUGCCAAUGAGAAUUAGACUAUUUUAAAUUUAUAAAGUGAUCCUUAAUUAUUUUGUUUUUGAAUUUAACAUAUUUUACCAGACUGAGGGUGGUGUCCACUAAGGAAUCAAGUGAGUGCAGUUCAUAGUCCAAUGAUGUGUGUGUGUGUGUGUGUGUGUGUGUGUGUGUGUGUGUGUGUGUGUAUAUACAGUA